AUGAGGUUUUGGGCCGAGCAAGAGAAACAGGAGGCAGUCGAUACCGAGCUUCUAAAUUUUCUGAACGACUCGAAAUCCCCUCCGUCAUCACAACCAAUGCCCUCUUCCAUCCUCCUUUUCCCCUACGAAAAAGGCGCCAUACCCGGCUUCUGCAUGUCUCUCUUCAUCUUCUCCCUCGUCUACCUCUUCGCCCUCUACUCCGGCUUCAACGGCGUUCUGUUCCACGAAGGCGGGUUCGGGACUUUCCUUUCAACCUUUCGGCUUCGCAUCCUUUUUGGCGCCUUGUCGAUGAUAGGGCCGCUGAUCUGGUAUCUCGUCUACUACAACCGUGCCUCCGCAUCCACAAGGCUAGACAUUGAAAGGGCGAGGUACAGAUGGGCUUGGCACAAGGAGUAUAUGGGGGUCGGAGGGGUGAAGGCUCUGGAGGAGAUUUUGUCGGGAGAGCAGGUCGGUUAUCUUCGGCGGUUUUUUGUAGGAGAGAGUGUUCGGGGAGAAUGA